AUGAAGCGAGAAGUCCAAAAAGUCGUACUCCCAGUCUCGGUGGCGAUAUGGGCGACCGUGUGUUUCGUCGAGAUGCUGAGAACAGAUUCCGACGACGACUCUUACGAUGCUACGAAUACCAACGGAUCGAUGGUUUCCUCUGCCUAUAACGAAAAGGCCACCGACUCGACGAAAACGAAAAUGAUUGGAAGCGUAGAAAAUGCAUUCAUUUUUGUCCUCUUUGUCACCGCGGCGACGUUUGGUCUGUAUUUAUUGUUCAAACACAGAUGCGGGUCGGUGAUUUGGGCGUACAUGGCAUUUUCUGGGUUUAGUAUAUUCGGCGUUUUAGGCGCGACGGUGGCGCUGCAGGUGUUGCGGAGGUACGAGAUAAACGUGGACGUUGUUUCGUUCGCGUUUUAUACGUGGAACGUCACUGUGGUUGGCGUUUUGAGCGUAUUCUUAUGGCCCGGGAGUUUACGCGUGAAGCAAGGGUUUUUGGUGUUGAUUUCGGUGAUUGUUGCGUAUUAUUUCGUGACGCAAAUCGCAGAGUGGACGACGUGGACGAUGUUGGUGUUUAUGGCGAUUUACGAUUUGUACGCAGUGUUGACGCCAAACGGGCCUUUGAGGAAGAUUGUAGAGUUGAGUCAAGAGAGAGAGGAGGCGAUUCCAGCGUUGGUAUACGAGGCGAGAGGCGGUAGUAGAAGUGGUAAUGGUAGCAGAAGACGGAGGAGGAAGAAAAGUAACAGUGAACGGCAAGGAGACGACGCUUCGUUAGACGGAGACUUGUCGUCUUCGCCCGAGAAGGACGCAGUCGGGGAGAAAACAUCCCUCUUAGGAAGAGAAAGCAACGGUAGUAGCAAAAUAGAAACCGCGCCACUCCUCCAACGUUUCGACGAGAACGAUGACGACGACGACGACGACGACGACGAAGGCGACCUCCCGGAAGGCAUCAAACUCGGCUUGGGCGAUUUCAUCUUCUACUCGGUCCUCGUCGGCCGCGCGGCUAUGCAAUCCUUAUUCUGCGCCGUCUUUUGCUACGUCGCCGUCAUCAGUGGCUUAAUCGUCACUCUCGCCGGUUUAGCUUUGCACAAGGCCGCAUUACCAGCGUUGCCAGUCUCCAUCGCGCUCGGCGUCAUCACCUUCGUCGCGAUUAAAUUUUUGAUCGAACCUUUCCUCGUCUACGAGUUUGGCCGCGACGCGAUGGAAUCGAUUCCGGACGAUUACAACCCCGGCAUGAGUAGUAGUACGAGUAGUACGAGUAGUAUGAGUAGUAGUAGUAGCAGCAGCAGUUACUCGCUGUUAGGUCAAUCCUCCUCUUAUUGGCCUUUGCAUUAG